ACAGAGAGCCCUCCCCUUUGAGUAACAAUGUCCAGUCUGCAUGCAGUCCACUGCGCAUGCAAACUCAGUCUGUUGCAAAGGAGGACGUGUCCGCUGUACUACAGUCACACAUUGAGUGGGAUGCUGGUCCGAGGGCCCGUGCUGUUGAGAUGUUGCAGCACUUACCUCAGUUGGUUCCGCCUGGACAAGACGCCUUACCUGCUUACACUGUGAAGGACCUCUGUGAUAAGCAGUUGGAAGAUAGAACCCUCUCUCGUGUUCUGUCCUAUGUUGAGAGACAUCGGAGGCCUUCUAGAAGGGAACGAUUCAAUGAGUCUGUCCUGGUCACAAGAUACCUGAAGCACUGGGAUAGGCUGACUGUGAAGGAGGGUGUACUGUACAGGAUUUCAAGAGACCAGAAGACCAAAGAAAAGCGUUUUCAAUACGUUGUCCCUGACUCCCUGAAGACUGAGGUUCUGCAGGGGAUUCACGAUAGGGCCGGGCAUCAAGCUCAGUCCAGGAGCCUCAGUUUGGCAAGACAAAGGUUUUUCUGGCCAAACCUCGACAGGGAUGUAAGAGACUAUGUUCGUCAUUGUCAGCGAUGCAUCGUUAGCAAGACAGUCGAGCCUGAAGGACGGGCCCCCCUGGAGAGCAUAACGACAACCCAUCCAUUGGAGUUGGUCUGCAUUGACUUUUGGUCGGCUGAGAACUCCAAAAACAGAUCUGUCGAUGUUUUGGUGAUAACUGACCAUUUCACGAGGAUGGCUCAAGCGUUUUCAUGUAAAGACCAGACAGCUAAGCAGGUGGCUAGGGUUCUAUGGGACCGGUACUUCUGUGUCUUCGGAUUCCCGGAAAGGAUCCAUAGUGAUCAAGGUGCUAACUUUGAGAGUCUGCUGAUUAGUGAGCUUCUCAGGGUCUCAGGUGUCAAGAAGUCGCACACAACUCCUUACCACCCAAUGGGGAAUGGGAGUGUGGAACGUUUCAACCGGACCUUGGGUGGCAUGAUUCGAGUAUUGCCCCCUGAAGAGAAGGCUGACUGGCCGCGACGCUUACAGACUCUGACGUUCAUGUACAAUUGCACGGAACAUGAGACGACAGGUUAUUCCCCCUUCUACCUCAUGUUUGGCCGGAUCCCCCGCCUGCCCGUUGAUGUCCUCUUUCGUGCUGUUCUUCAUGACUCUGCUGUAAUGAGCUAUGAGAAGUACGUGGCGAGUCUCGCCAAUGAUCUGAAAGAAGCAAUGGUUAUUGCUCAGGUCCAUGCUACAAAAGAGCAGAAUCGACAUACCCAGCUGUACAACAGGAGAGUAAAGGGAUCCAAUAUCAAGAUCGGUGACAGGGUGCUCUUGGCCAACAGAAAGGAAAGGGGUAAAAGAAAGCUUGCUGACAGGUGGGACUCGACCGUCUACACCGUGGUGGACGUGAAUACAGAGACGCACACGUACAGAGUCCGCGACACAAUCACUGGACGGGAGAAGUUACAGGAUCCUCAGCUUCAGGAGAUGAUGGUGGUGAGGCCGAAGAGAUCUCGUCUGGGAGAGGGGAUGAGCCUCGUAAUGUGGCCAGUGAAAGCCUUGACACUGAAAGUGGCGGAGAACCUCCUGUGACUGCGAGAGAUGGACCCUUGACUGAUGCGGUACCUGUGGAUUCGGAAAGGAGAACCAUUGAAUGGAUUACUCAGUUGUCUGUGCCAAGUCUGGCCGAGGCGGGCACUGCUGACAUGUCGAGUGUUACUUCUGACCUCCAGAACACCGCUGUCUCACUUGAGGACCACACAAACGAUCAGUCUGUGACUUGUGAUUCUUGCCCUUUGACUGCUGCGGAUGUCUCAACAGAUGUGAGACAGUCAGAUUUUGCGCUUGACACCAUGACACAGACAGAUAACACAUCUGACACGUUGCAUACUGUGGUUCGGGUUUCACCCACACACUGUGGUCGUUUUAAUGCACAGGCCAGGUCAAGGUUUGGUCGCUUAAUCAAGCCUGUGAACAGGCUCAUACAGACCAUGUCCAGGCAGGAUGUUGUCCAGGAGUAGCUCAAUGUUGAGGCUGUUUGCAACUCCAUGUUCCAGAUUUGUACUUUUUAAAACCAUAAGUCGGUAGCUUAUGUCUUUACGAGUCUGGAAAGUGUUGUAUUAGUAUGAUGUCCCACUGUUCUGUUUUUCUUGUGUCAUCAGCCUGUGCUGCACUGCACUUUGUGUUUGGGUCUUGUGGGGUGUACAAGGCACCCUGUUGCCAGUUGUUGGGUUGAGAGGCUAGCGCUGCUCUCGUACCACUUCAUCCUUAUGGGAUACAUUUUAUGUUGGUUUUCUUGAAGUUGGCCCUUUGUAAGUUGUCAAAUUGUAAUGUUUUCUUUGGCGUGCACUUUGUAGUUAGUGCUCAUGUUUGAUAAAAUUCAGUGGGGGUGAAUGUAACGGAGUUAGAAAUACACUCUGUUAUUUCUUAUUUUUAAUGUAUUAUAUCUUAUUUUUGUUUAUUAUUCAACGAUCCUGUUGAAGUGUGUGUUUGUGUGAA